AUGAUCUUCUUGUUUAGCAAUAUUUGUGGAGCUGUUACCAACCCAAGUACUGCUGUUUGUACUGUUGAUGCUCAAGCAUACCAAUAUGCCAAGCAAUACAAUCUCUGCUACCCAAUAGGUCAAAAGGGUGUUCCAAAGAUCUCUUUCCUCAACCCAGCCGAUGAAAAUGCUGGUGUUAAAGUUGUUCACGCUGGUAUUCCUGCCACUGAUGGUGUUACCAGACAAUUGGCUGUUUCCUUGACUUGUGACACUACUGCUGCUGAUCGUCCAACUCUUACUUUCACUGGUGAAAGCAAGGAAGGUGGUAUUAUCACUUACGGAUUCAGUGGUAAGACUAAGACUGCUUGUCCAGGUGCUGCUCCAGCUCCAACUCCAGAAGAUGAUUUGCCAUUGGGUUGGUAUGGUUUUGGUGGUCUCAUCAUGACUUUGGCUCUUGUUGCUUUCAUUCUUUACUUCAUCAUUGGAUUCCUUGUUUUGAAGUUCAAGAUGCAAAAGACUGGUACUGAAGCUAUUCCACAAUUCGCCUUCUGGAAGGAUUUGCCUUUCCUCUUCAUUGAUGGUGUUAUGUUGCCAGUUGACCUCAUCAAGGGUGCUAUGGGUAAGAAGAAUUACCAAGAAAUGGCCUAA